AUGGGCACGGCUACCUCUUCCCCAGCUACCGGUAGCGGGGAAGCCGGAAAACAGGCUACCGCUGUUGACCAACAAGAGCAAGAUGACGGUGGGCCAUGGGGAGUGGACCUCUCUAUCCCCUUCGAAGAGAUAAUCGACAUUCGCCCUCUUGCAGAUGGAACGGGGUGCACCUGCUGGCAGGGCACACUGGGCGGCAACAACGAAGGCAACAAAAGAGUGGCGAUCAAGACGCUCAAGGCCUCCAACAGCACCUCAGACUCCGACGCGGAGGACCUGGACAGAGAGCUGAGCAUCCUACAGCAUCUGCGGCACCCGAACGUCGUCAGGCUCGCCGGGGCUGGUCAGACCCCGGAGGGGGGGCAGUUCGUCGUCACGGAGCUCCUCUCGGGAGGAACCCUCUCCGCCGCGAUCGGAACGCAGGACCGCCCGGAGGGAACGGGCUGGUUCCAGCGCUUCCGCGUGCGGACGUGGUUUCCGAUGGAAGAGGCUCUCCGGCAAGCCGCGGGGGUGGCUUCGGCGCUCGCCUACCUGCACGACGAGGCGGUGCCGCACGGAAUUUCGGUUGUGAAGGGGGCGAAGGUUUUGCAUCGAGACAUCAAGCCCAACAACUUAGCCUUCACCGCGGACUUUCGCACGCUCAAGCUUUUCGAUUUCGGCCUGGCCAAGAUGUUGAGACCGGACGACUCGAUCGGCGACAACUUGUACAACAUGACGGGCAACACCGGCUCGAUGAGAUACAUGGCGCCCGAGGUGGCGAGGAACUUGCCGGCCAACGAAACCGCCGACGUCUACAGCUUUGCGAUCGUCUUGUGGGAGAUGGUCAGCCUGGAGCUGCCUUUCCAGUUCUACGGGGUGAAUCAGCUGACCGAACGGGUGAUUUUGGGUGGAGCCAGACCACGGCUGGCGCCCGACUGGCCGGCGGGCUUCACAGACCUCCUCACCAGAUGCUGGUCGGCCGAUCUGAGGGAGCGGCCCAGCAUGGCGGAAGUGGAGAAACGCCUGCGGGAAGUCUUACAACAACCGGGGGGAAACGCUCGAGAUGUUUAUCUUCUCAAGCACAUCCUCCUUGUCGGCAUUGACAUAUUGACAUCCUCCCUGGGGGAGCAUCGGUCCGUCUAGGGGGGUUGGGGAUACGAUGACUCGCACUUGUUGUACGGUACGCUGUUUUCACGCAUUUUUCGUACGGGUGCUUGGGUGACAUCUUCAAGGUUGGUAAUGGCCCCGUAUGGAGGGCAAGUCUAUUGAUGUAUCCGUGGAGUAUGUUUUGCUGGUGACCCCGUUUCCGAGUGGAGAAAAACUGCGAUCGAUCGCCCUCCUGUAGAUAAAGUUUUUACGUUUCGUAGGCGCGUCGUUGAUUUAUGUUUGUUGCUCGUCUACGUGUAUGCAUGGACCAUGGUCUAAGCUUGCGAGUGGUUUAUCUGGAGCAUGGUCAUGUAGAUAGUGAGACCUACCGUAGUUUGUGUGCAGCAUGUGACACGGGGUGGAUUGAUUUCGAUCGUUUCGUGGAAGGUACUGCUCUGCAGAUAUCAGAAAACAUGUCAUGAC